GAGUACAGAAGCGGAAUCAAAGGACAGCAGCCUAGGGCGUUUGGUAGCAGCGGAGACAGCCCGGCCCGGUGUAUGGCCACGAAGUUACGGUGUCCGGAUUCCAUGCCCUGUCACAACCAGCAAGUAAACUCUGCCUCAACCGCAAGCCCGGAGCCGCCGCGACCUGGUGACUCGAUCCCGGACCAUGCCGGGGGAGACAGCGCCUCCGUGGCCAAGCUGACACUCCUCGCUGGGCACGCCCAUUCUAGCGUGCCGGCCGAGCGGGAUUCUCAGGCCUGCAGCGGCGCCAGCCUCAACUCAGAGAGCAACAGUGGCAGCGAUGACAGUAGCAACUAUGACGCACCAGCCAGCGACUCUCUCCUAGGCGAUUGCGAACUCUCCCGGCAGAUCGGGGCGCAGCUUAAGCUGCUGCCUAUGAAUGAUCAGAUCCGGGAGCUGCAGACCAUCAUCCGGGACAAGACAGCCAGUAGAGGGGACUUCAUGUUUUCUGCGGAUCGUUUGAUCAGACUUGUUGUGGAAGAGGGAUUGAAUCAGCUGCCAUAUAAAGAAUGCAUGGUGACCACUCCAACAGGGUACAAGUAUGAAGGAGUGAAAUUCGAGAAGGGAAAUUGUGGGGUCAGCAUAAUGAGAAGUGGUGAGGCAAUGGAACAAGGUUUACGAGACUGCUGUCGAUCCAUACGAAUUGGAAAGAUCCUGAUUCAGAGUGAUGAGGAGACACAAAGAGCCAAAGUAUAUUAUGCCAAGUUCCCCCCAGAUAUUUACCGAAGAAAAGUCCUUCUGAUGUACCCAAUUCUCAGCACUGGAAAUACUGUAAUUGAAGCUGUAAAGGUUCUUAUAGAACAUGGAGUUCAACCUAGUGUUAUUAUCCUACUCAGUCUGUUCUCCACUCCUCAUGGUGCCAAAUCAAUCAUUCAAGAGUUUCCAGAGAUCACAAUUUUAACUACUGAAGUUCAUCCUGUUGCACCUACACAUUUUGGACAGAAAUACUUUGGAACAGACUAAGUUACUGAAGGAAAAUGAAUUAUCUUGUGUAAUAUUACAAUUAUAUUUUGAGUUUUUACUUGUUUUACUAAUUUGAUUGAGGAAUGGCAGAGAAAAAUACGUUAGAGUUGCUUUUUUUUUUUUUUUGUCUUUUUCGUGACCGGCACUCAGCCAGUGAGUGCAGCGGCCAUUCCUAUAUAGGAUCCGAACCCGUGGCGGGAGCGUCGCCGCGCUCCCAGCGCCGCACUCUCCCGGGUGCGCCACGGCCCCGUUAGAGUUGCUUUUUAGUUUUGGAAGUGGGUAUAGAAAAAAGGAAAUAUCUGAAGUUUAUUUAUUUUAUUUGAUUGUUUAUUGACUGUUGGUACUAAAUUCAACAAUGAAGCACACAUAACUCUUAGAAAAGAUGGAAAUUUUAAUAAUAUGCUAAUGAAAAUUGCUGAACCCUCAGUGCAUUGAAAUUGUUCCCUAACUUGUGAACCUCUUAGUUUGGAGAUUGCUUGAAGUCACAAAUAAAACCCAAAUGAGACUCAGUUCUUUGUCCCGCUGUAGUUUGCAUUUUGUUUAGUUUGCUUUUAGCUCUAGGGAGGUUUCAUGUAUGUGGCUAUUGUCACCUUCCUCUACUCUUUACUUCCUGCUACUGUAUAUUCUGGUAACUUGGAGAGGAAGAAAAAAGAAUGCCUCCUGAAAUUUUACAUUUCCAUUAAUAUCCUCACUAAAUUGGCAGAUCCAGGAUGUAUGGUUAACUCUGCAGUCAGGCCAUUAUGUUCUUUAUGGCUUAUCUCCCAAACUGUGCAUUGUUGUAGGUGCCUUGUCAAGCUGUGAUGCAGUGAAGAAGAUGGCAGAACAUUUUCAGUAACUGGAACUGUAACUUUAAUUUACAUAGACUGAACCAGGGAUGUCCAGAAGCUAACAAGGGAGAGUGCUAAGUACUGUUAAUGUCAUCAAUCCUCAAGAAAGGAAUUGGUGGUGGUUUUUCUGAGUUGUGGUGGAAAGAGUGGUUUCUUGCCAGAUUUCAUGGCCAAUAAGUAAAUGAAAAUGCUUCAUUUUUAAUUUAGAUGUUUCUACUA